GCUGUAGUAGCUGCAUGGUGGAGCAUACAGUAUAUUAUACUAGUAGUGUUGAUUUAAUGAUUUUUUCCUCCCUCCUCCUCCUCCUCUUCUUUAUCUUCCUCCUCCUCCUCUUUAACCGCUGUAGUUGCUGGAGGAAGGGCACUUGUGCAUGACUCACUCCCCCUGCUAACCUUUCAUUCAUUCAGCAGAGAGACAGGGAAGGAGUGAGGGAGGGGGUUUCUGUAGCAGCUCUCCACUGGAGGGCGAGAGGUAACGGGAGUAGGCAGGCAGCAUUAUCAGGAGGCAGGGACACACAGAGAGGACAGCAGCUGGACAAAAUCCGGGCCGGGGAUCUGACAAGCGCCGGAUUUACAUCAGCUCCUUAAAUCAGCUGUUCACGAACAGAGAUGCUGUUGUCCCAGUAGAAACACUAGAUGCAGCACUGAACAUCCUCACCUGCUGUCCUCGGUCAUCUAGCUGUCCCUGAUACAACUCUAACAUCUGUCUGAUCUGUGAGCAGCCAUGACGAAGUCAUAUGAAUUCAACUGGCAGAAGCAUGUCCCUGAUUUCCUUCAGGAAGGUGCCGUGUUCGACAGAUUUGACGAGGAUCCUUUUGUCUUUGAAUCCAGCUGCCUUUUCAAAGUUGAUGAAUUUGGAUUCUUCCUCACGUGGAAAAGUGAUGGCAAGGAGGGCCAAGUCCUAGAAUGUUCCCUCAUAAACAGUGUCCGUACUGGAGCAGUGCCAAAGGACCCGAAGAUCGCUGCAUCUCUGGAGGCAGCGGGGAGGAGCGAGGCCGAUCUGGAAGGCUGCGUCAUCUGUGUGUGCAGUGGCCCUGACCUGGUCAACCUCAGCUACAUGUACAUGGUGGCUGACAGCGCUGACACCGCCAAGAAAUGGAUGGACGGGCUGAAAUCAGUCAUUCACAACUUCAAGGCAAACAACGUGUGUCCAAUGACUUGCCUUAAGAAGCAUUGGAUGAAACUGAGCUUUCUCACCAAUGUCAAUGGGAAAAUCCCAGUCCGAGGCAUCACAAGGACUUUUGGCUCGGGCAAAACUGAGAAAGGAAUAUUCCAAGCCUUGAAAGAGCUCGGCUUACCAAGUGGGAAGAAUGACGAAAUUGACCAUUCUGUGUUCACCUUUGACGUCUUCUAUGCACUCACUCAGAAAAUAUGCCCGCGCACAGAUAUUGAGGAACUCUUCAAAAAGAUCAAUGGGGACAAAAGUGAUUAUUUAACAGUAGACCAGUUAGUCACCUUUCUGAAUGAAAACCAGCGGGACCCACGGCUGAAUGAGAUCCUGUUCCCCUUCUACGACCCCAAACGAGUCAUGCAGAUCAUUGAGAAGUACGAGAGAGAUGAGGACCUAAAGAAGAAAGGCCUUAUGUCCAGCGAUGGUUUCUGCCGGUACUUGAUGUCGGAUGAGAACGCUCCUGUGUUUUUGGACCGCCUGGACCUGUGUCAGGACAUGGACCAGCCACUAGCACACUACUUAAUCAGCUCCUCACACAACACGUACCUGACAGGCAGACAGUUUGGGGGCAAAUCGUCAGUGGAAAUGUACCGACAGGUGCUGCUUUCUGGAUGCAGGUGUGUGGAGUUAGACUGCUGGGAUGGAAAAGGAGAGGAUCAAGAACCCAUUAUUACCCACGGGAAGGCCAUGUGUACUGACAUUCUCUUCAAAGAUGUAAUUCAGGCUAUUAAAGAGACAGCUUUUGUGACAUCGGACUACCCCGUUAUUCUUUCAUUUGAAAACCAUUGCAGUAAAACUCAGCAGUAUAAGAUGGCAAAGUACUGUGAGGAUAUCUUCGGAGACCUGUUACUCAAACAGCCACUGGAGGGCUUCCCAGUACGUGAUCUUCUGAAUCAUCACUCACACACGAUCUAUCAAAGACCUAGAGUGUGUGCCAUGAUCGAGGCUGGGCGUGCCCUACCUUCUCCAAACGACCUCAAGAGAAAAAUUCUCAUAAAAAACAAACGCUUAAAGCCAGAAGUGGAACAGAAGCAACUGGAGUCAUUUAAAAGACACAUGGAGGCAGGAGAGAUGAGUGUACAGGCGGGAGAGGAUGAAAAUGAAGAAGACAUAGAGAACGCAGACAGUAAAGACAUCAAUGCGGAGACAAAAACUCGCAACAACAUCUCCUCAGAAGAGCCCAGUGAACACAACACGCAUGAAAACAGUGUCAAGAAGGACAAGAUUCCUGAUGACGAGACCACAGAGGCUUCAGAGGCAACAGAAGCAGAUGCAACUGAUGUGUCAGAGGCUUCAGAUCUUGAUAACAAGAAGAAGGGUGCAGAUACGGCAGAGGAUGCAGAUGCUGAGCAGCAGCUAAUUGCCUCGUAUAAGUAUGAAGGAGCCACAACCAACAUCCACCCUUAUCUUUCUGCCAUGGUGAACUACGCCCAGCCGGUCAAGUUUCAGAGCUUUGAGAUCGCAGAGGAGAAAAAUAUCCAUCACAACAUGUCGUCCUUUAAUGAGUCUGUUGGUCUCGGCUACCUAAAAACCAAUGCCAUUGAGUUCGUGAACUACAACAAGCGACAGAUGAGCCGGAUCUACCCCAAAGGAGGCCGUGUGGACUCCAGUAAUUACAUGCCUCAGAUCUUUUGGAACGCUGGGUGCCAGAUGGUGUCUCUGAACUUUCAGACUCCAGAUUUGGCUAUGCAGCUGAACCAGGGGAAGUUUGAGUACAACGGUGCAUGUGGGUUCCUGUUGAAGCCAGAUUUCAUGCGGCGCUCUGACAGGAUGUUUGACCCGUUCUCUGAGACACCAGUGGACGGUGUCAUCGCUGCUACCUGCAGUGUUCAGGUGUUCUCAGGUCAGUUUUUAUCUGAUAAGAAGAUCGGCACGUAUGUCGAAGUGGAUAUGUACGGCCUUCCCACCGACACCAUCCGCAAAGAGUUUCGCACCCGCAUGGUGAUGAACAACGGCCUGAACCCAGCCUACAACGAAGAGCCUUUCGUUUUCAGAAAGGUCAUCCUACCUGAACUGGCUGUGCUGAGAAUCGCAGUGUAUGAUGAUAAUAAUAAGCUGAUUGGUCAGAGGAUCCUGCCGCUGGAUGGCCUGCAGGCUGGCUAUAGACACAUCUCUUUGAGAAAUGAGGGUAACAAACCGCUGUCUCUACCUACCAUCUUCUGCAAUAUCGUCCUCAAGACCUACGUCCCUGAUGGCUUCGGGGGUGAAAUGGCUAAAAGAAAAAAAAGACGAGUAUCGUUCUUUCCACUCCGAAUGGACAGACGAAUUUGCAUAUUUGGAAGUCACAUUAAUGCUAUUGUGGAUGCUCUCUCAGACCCAAAGAAGUUCCUUUCCAUAGCAGAGAAGAGAGCGGAUCAGAUGAGAGCGCUUGGCAUCGAAACGAGUGACAUUGCAGAUGUGCCGAACGAAAUGUCCAAGAACGAUAAGAAAGGCAAAGUGAAUCAGGUGAAGGCAAACGUGACGCCUAAGACCAGCUCGGACAUGGGUCAGAACUACAGCACCACUCAGAACAACAGCUGUGAAAACAAGAAAGAUUCUGCUCUGGUGAACCAGGUGACCAUUGAGGACUUGAAACAGAUGAAGACCUAUGUUAAACUGAUAAAGAAGCAGCAGAAAGAGCUAAACACUUUGAAGAAAAGACAUGCAAAGGAGCAUAAUGCCAUGCAGAAAUCCCAUUGCACCCAAGUGGACAAGAUGGUGGCUCAGCAUGACAAAGAGAAAUUUACACUAGAUAAGCUACUAGAGAAAGCAAUCAAGAAGAGGGGAGAAAACAAUUGCUCUGAGUUAAAGAAGGAGAUUGCCGUAAAAGUGGAGACCCUCACAUCAGACCACAAAGCAAAGGUGAAGGAUAUUGUAGCGCAGCAGACGAAGGAGUGGUCUGAGAUGAUCGACUCCCACAGCACAGAGGAGCAGGAGAUGAAGGACGUACAUGUGACACAGCAGUGUGAGCAUCUGAAGAAACUACUGUCCACUGUCCAGGAGCAGCAAACCCUGCACCUCAAACUUAUCCAUGAACGACAGAGCAAAGAAAUGAAGGCAAAUCAGGCCAAGACAUCCAUGGAGAACAGUAAAGCCAUCUGCCAGGACAAGAGCAUUAAAAACAAGGCUGAGAGGGAAAGGAGAGUGCGGGAACUGAACAGCAGUAACACGAAAAAGUUCCUUGAGGAACGAAAACGGUUGGCUAUGAAGCACUCAAAAGAAAUGGAGCAGUUGAAGAAAUCGCAGCGUGAGCAGCUGGAGAAACUGGAGAAAUUCAACGAGCAGCUUUUGAAAUCACAUCAUGCAAACUCUCAGAGUCAAGGCCAAGGACAUGCAGCAGAUGGUGAAGCUGGAGGCGGAGAUGGACCGCAGACCAGCCACAGUGGUUUAGCCGCUCCAGCUGUCAACUGAGUAACAGACUCCUUCUCUACACCACCGUCCUCAACUCCCUAGUUCUGUACAGUAAACUCCAUAACCUUUGAACACUUCUUCUACUCCUCUUAGUCCUUGACUACUCCGAACCUCUUGUUGAACCUUUGUGGAUCCGUAGGAACUCCAUCAAGCAUGGAACGAAAAAAUGUGGCUCCACCCCUAAUAAAAUUACCUCCAUUGUUCUCUUUUGCUCAGCUCCUCCCCUCUGCCUAUAUCCAACCAGCCCCUAACGUCGACCUCCGUCUGUAGUCCGUCCUCGCUGCUGAGGUGCUCCUUCUGCUAGUUCUUCUGCCGGAUCUAGCCCAAUGCUGGACGCACACACACACACACACACACACACACACACACACAUCAGUGUUUUCCUGCCAUUGCCAGUGCUCACAGUACAAACCAGAGCUCAUUCCGGUCACGGUGGCUCAAGACGGACAGAACUCAAAGUGUUCUUUAUAAGCCUUUUAACUUAUGUCUCAGUGGUACUAGAUUAUAGUAGCAGCACCAGGCAUAUAAAGAAGGCAUAACUGAAAGAUUUUAGUUGUGUUCACUGUCAGCGCAAAUUUGUGAAAACAAGUGGAGAAAAAUAUCCUGAGCACUUUAUAGGCUGUCAAAGAAAUUUGUAGCAGUGCACUCCUGUGCUAAGAAUAAACAGUCGAAUGUCCAAACACUGUAUUGAGGGUGAAACUGUCCGACAUGAUUGAAACCAAACAAAGUAGAACAUGUUGUAGUUCUUAUACUUUAUUUUUCUUAUUAAAUGCAUUGCUUUGUUUUUAAGACUUAAUUCUAUUUCAUUUAAUUCAUUAUCAGGUAAAGAUUGGUUGUUUUAACAAUGUUUGGUCUGAAAUACCACUAUGACUUGUUUUGUGUUUGCAGAUAGAUUUUGACACUGUACUGUACCUGUUACACUGCUUGUUUCUUCACACAUUUAAAUGUAAUGAGAGUUAUGAUGUUGACAUUCCAUGAUGGACCCGAAUAUCCGGUUAAUAAGGGACAAAAGGUUUCCAUGCACUACAGGAAAUUUGUUUGGAAAUCAUCGAUUUGCUCCCAGCACUCAACAGUCAAAAAUUCAUUUGGAGUGUAAUAAAGAUUUGCAUUGAUUUGAAGAUUUGAAGUGGAUUUUAAGAAAGAGGUGCUAGUUAGCAACUUAGUAUUAGUACUUUUAGUACUUGGGCUGUAAUCUUGAAGUCCAGUCAUAUAACGUGGUUCCUCUUGUGUAAGGAAACAACAACAAAAACAAAGGCAGCUCCUGCAUUGGGUUUUGAAGCAGGCGACACGUCAAGUCUUCACUUGCCAAAACAUAAAAAUGUUCGCCUUCAGCAAUAGGAUAGGCCACUGCAGUGAAAUACGACGCCACUAUGUUUUGCUCUUAAUAAACAAUUUCCUGUUAAAAUCAGAUAGUAAAGAAAGUAUAUUGUAUAUAGUGGGAAAUAUGAAUGUAGUUCAUUUAACCUGAGGAUUUAACCGUAUGCUUAUUACACAAGGGCUCUGGGAUAGUCUGUACAUGUUUGUUAUGGGAAUGCAACCUAAAACCACUAAGUUAUUUUCUUUCCUUUUUUUUUCUUUUUUUCCAAUCUUUAAAAUCAAGACUGGUACCUUUAUUGUGCUUUCACUACAUAUCUAUUACGGAAUAAUAAGCAAAGUGCUUUUAAACUUAAAUCCAUUGCUUACAAAUGUGCCACUUGAUGUCUGUUAGGAUGUUUAAAUUAUUUUGCAAAUGGAAAAUGCCAAAAUAAGGGGUUAUUUAUAUACAGAUAUAUAAAUAUAUAUAUAUAAAUAUAUAAAUAUACAUAUUAAUAAAAUAGUGUGUAGUUUAAGAAUAUAUUUCAUGUUAGAGGCUUUUUGCACUAGUUGGCUGUUCCACAACAUUCAUGUAGAUUUUUUUUUGCUAUACAGGUUGCAGAGGAAAAACAAUAUUUUGCAGAACAAUGUUGCUUUGAAAUUCAUCCGUUUGUACUGUUUGUUUUGGAUUUUUUUAAGAAGCUAACUGUAGCUAGUCAACGGACCAUUCUGUGGGUGUUUUUGUAUUUAUAUUGUACUUGUCAAACUUCUAGCAAUGGGAACUACUAAAAAAAAAAUACUGUUGUUAUCCUGCUACUUUAAUACUGUUUUAUAGUAUGUGUACCAAUAAACUAUACAGGUGUUAAAUGAAA